AUGGCUCUGGCAGAACGCAAAGCAGGCAACACUGCAGACGCGAGGGCGUGGUACCGCCGCAGCGCCCAGGUCUACGAGGCUGCUCUGGCUGUCGCCAGUGACUCGCUCUCACGAGACUCACGGGACGCUUCUGUCUCUUCUGUCAGCUACCACGGUGUUGCAAGGCAUGCAGUCGCGCGGGAACUGGCAGAGGUGCGCCUGGUGGAGCAGGUUAGUGGAGGUGCGGCGGCAGAGGAGGCUGGGCACCUGAGGGACCAGUGGCACCUGAGGAAUCACCUGGGGCGGUGCUUGCAGGCGUGGGCGGGGAUGGAGGCGGAGGAGGGCGACAUGGUUACCAGCAGACAGCUGUUUCAACGGUCAGUAACAGUGCUGACGCGGGGGCAACUGGGCCAACAGCGACAACAGGAGUGGGAGCAUCAUUAUCAUCAUCAGCAGCAGGGCAGAGGGAAACAGGCAGGGCAGUCCCAGAAAGACACGGGGAGCCUUGUGAUUGGCCUGCACGCGUGGGCCACGGCUGAGAAGCGCGAAGGAAACUUUCAGGCUGCCCGGAACCUGCUGGAGCAGGCAGAGAAGCUUCAGCCGGGCAGCCCAGUGGUUCUGCAGUCACGCGCCCUCCUAGAAGCUUCUGUGAAGAACCUGGGUGCAGCGCGGUGCUAUUUCAAGAAGGCCACUGCUGCUGCUCCUCUUGACGCUGCUUGCUGGCAGGCAUGGGCCCUCCUUGAGGCAAAAUCUGGUCGAGUCGACCGCAUGAGGUCCCUGUUCCGCUCGGCCCUAUCAGCCAACCCCAAGUCCAUUCCCACUCUGCACGCAUGGGCGUGUCAGGAGGCCCGCCUAGCCACACCCGAGAGCCGAGAGACGGCCAGGGGGCUGUUCCGGAAAUGCUUGGAGGUGCAGCCUGGGUGUGUGCGGGCGCUGCAGGCGUGGGGUGUGAUGGAGCACGCAGCAGGGGAUGUUGAGGCAGCGAGGAGGCUGGCUGCCUUGUUGUAUGGUCGUGCGAGGGUAGUGCGCGGGGGUUGUGAGGGUAGUGUGAGCUGUACUAUGCCACAUCUCCCACCACAUCUCCCUCCACAUCUCCCUCCACAUCUCCCUCUCACGCCUUCUCAACACUCACGCCUUCUCAACACUCACGCCUUCUCAACACUCACGCCUUCUCAACACUCACGCCUUCUCAACACUCACGCCUUCUCAACACUCACGCCUUCUCAACACUCACGCCUUCUCAACACUCACGCCUUCUCAACACUCACGCCUUCUCAACACUCACGCCUUCUCAACACUCACGCCUUCUCAACACUCACGCCUUCUCAACACUCACGCCUUCUCAACACUCACGCCUUCUCAACACUCAUGCCUUCUCAACACUCAUGCCUUCUCAACACUCAUGCCUUCUCAACACUCAUGCCUUCUCAACACUCGUGCCUUCUCAACACUCGCGCCUUCUCAACACUCAUGCCUUCUCAACACUCAUGCCUUCUCAACACUCAUGCCUUCUCAACACUCAUGCCUUCUCAACACUCAUGCCUUCUCAACACUCAUGCCUUCUCAACACUCAUGCCUUCUCAACACUCAUGCCUUCUCAACACUCAUGCCUUCUCAACACUCAUGCCUUCUCAACACUCAUGCCUUCUCAACACUCAUGCCUUCUCAACACUCAUGCCUUCUCAACACUCAUGCCUUCUCAACACUCAUGCCUUCUCAACACUCAUGCCUUCUCAACACUCAUGCCUUCUCAACACUCAUGCCUUCUCAACACUCACGCCUUCUCAACACUCACGCCUUCUCAACACUCACGCCUUCUCAACACUCACGCCUUCUCAACACUCACGCCUUCUCAACACUCACGCCUUCUCAACACUCACGCCUUCUCAACACUCACGCCUUCUCAACACUCAUGCCUUCUCAACACUCAUGCCUUCUCAACACUCACGCCUUCUCAACACUCACGCCUUCUCAACACUCACGCCUUCUCAACACUCAUGCCUUCUCAACACUCAUGCCUUCUCAACACUCACGCCUUCUCAACACUCACGCCUUCUCAACACUCACGCCUUCUCAACACUCAUGCCUUCUCAACACUCAUGCCUUCUCAACACUCACGCCUUCUCAACACUCACGCCUUCUCAACACUCACGCCUUCUCAACACUCAUGCCUUCUCAACACUCAUGCCUUCUCAACACUCAUGCCUUCUCAACACUCAUGCCACUCAUGCCUUCUCAACACUCAUGCCUUCUCAACACUCACGCCUUCUCAACACUCACGCCUUCUCAACACUCAUGCCUUCUCAACACUCAUGCCUUCUCAACACUCAUGCCUUCUCAACACUCAUGCCUUCUCAACACUCAUGCCUUCUCAACACUCAUGCCUUCUCAACACUCAUGCCUUCUCAACACUCAUGCCUUCUCAACACUCAUGCCUUCUCAACACUCAUGCCUUCUCAACACUCAUGCCUUCUCAACACUCAUGCCUUCUCAACACUCAUGCCUUCUCAACACUCAUGCCUUCUCAACACUCAUGCCUUCUCAACACUCAUGCCUUCUCAACACUCAUGCCUUCUCAACACUCACGCCUUCUCAACACUCACGCCUUCUCAACACUCACGCCUUCUCAACACUCACGCCUUCUCAACACUCACGCCUUCUCAACACUCACGCCUUCUCAACACUCACGCCUUCUCAACACUCACGCCUUCUCAACACUCACGCCUUCUCAACACUCACGCCUUCUCAACACUCACGCCUUCUCAACACUCACGCCUUCUCAACACUCACGCCUUCUCAACACUCACGCCUUCUCAACACUCACGCCUUCUCAACACUCACGCCUUCUCAACACUCACGCCUUCUCAACACUCACGCCUUCUCAACACUCACGCCUUCUCAACACUCACGCCUUCUCAACACUCACGCCUUCUCAACACUCACGCCUUCUCAACACUCACGCCUUCUCAACACUCACGCCUUCUCAACACUCACGCCUUCUCAACACUCACGCCUUCUCAACACUCACGCCUUCUCAACACUCAUGCCUUCUCAACACUCAUGCCUUCUCAACACUCACGCCUUCUCAACACUCACGCCUUCUCAACACUCACGCCUUCUCAACACUCACGCCUUCUCAACACUCACGCCUUCUCAACACUCAUGCCUUCUCAACACUCAUGCCUUCUCAACACUCAUGCCUUCUCAACACUCAUGCCUUCUCAACACUCAUGCCUUCUCAACACUCAUGCCUUCUCAACACUCAUGCCUUCUCAACACUCAUGCCUUCUCAACACUCACGCCUUCUCAACACUCACGCCUUCUCAACACUCAUGCCUUCUCAACACUCAUGCCUUCUCAACACUCAUGCCUUCUCAACACUCAUGCCUUCUCAACACUCAUGCCUUCUCAACACUCAUGCCUUCUCAACACUCAUGCCUUCUCAACACUCACGCCUUCUCAACACUCACGCCUUCUCAACACUCACGCCUUCUCAACACUCACGCCUUCUCAACACUCACGCCUUCUCAACACUCACGCCUUCUCAACACUCACGCCUUCUCAACACUCACGCCUUCUCAACACUCACGCCUUCUCAACACUCACGCCUUCUCAACACUCACGCCUUCUCAACACUCACGCCUUCUCAACACUCAUGCCUUCUCAACACUCAUGCCUUCUCAACACUCACGCCUUCUCAACACUCACGCCUUCUCAACACUCACGCCUUCUCAACACUCAUGCCUUCUCAACACUCAUGCCUUCUCAACACUCACGCCUUCUCAACACUCACGCCUUCUCAACACUCACGCCUUCUCAACACUCAUGCCUUCUCAACACUCAUGCCUUCUCAACACUCACGCCUUCUCAACACUCACGCCUUCUCAACACUCACGCCUUCUCAACACUCACGCCUUCUCAACACUCACGCCUUCUCAACACUCACGCCUUCUCAACACUCACGCCUUCUCAACACUCAUGCCUUCUCAACACUCAUGCCUUCUCAACACUCACGCCUUCUCAACACUCACGCCUUCUCAACACUCACGCCUUCUCAACACUCAUGCCUUCUCAACACUCAUGCCUUCUCAACACUCACGCCUUCUCAACACUCACGCCUUCUCAACACUCACGCCUUCUCAACACUCAUGCCUUCUCAACACUCAUGCCUUCUCAACACUCAUGCCUUCUCAACACUCAUGCCACUCAUGCCUUCUCAACACUCAUGCCUUCUCAACACUCACGCCUUCUCAACACUCACGCCUUCUCAACACUCACGCCUUCUCAACACUCACGCCUUCUCAACACUCAUGCCUUCUCAACACUCAUGCCUUCUCAACACUCAUGCCUUCUCAACACUCAUGCCUUCUCAACACUCAUGCCUUCUCAACACUCAUGCCACUCAUGCCUUCUCAACACUCAUGCCUUCUCAACACUCACGCCUUCUCAACACUCACGCCUUCUCAACACUCACGCCUUCUCAACACUCACGCCUUCUCAACACUCACGCCUUCUCAACACUCACGCCUUCUCAACACUCAUGCCUUCUCAACACUCAUGCCUUCUCAACACUCACGCCUUCUCAACACUCACGCCUUCUCAACACUCACGCCUUCUCAACACUCAUGCCUUCUCAACACUCAUGCCUUCUCAACACUCAUGCCUUCUCAACACUCAUGCCACUCAUGCCUUCUCAACACUCAUGCCUUCUCAACACUCACGCCUUCUCAACACUCACGCCUUCUCAACACUCACGCCUUCUCAACACUCACGCCUUCUCAACACUCAUGCCUUCUCAACACUCAUGCCUUCUCAACACUCAUGCCUUCUCAACACUCAUGCCUUCUCAACACUCAUGCCUUCUCAACACUCAUGCCUUCUCAACACUCACGCCUUCUCAACACUCACGCCUUCUCAACACUCAUGCCUUCUCAACACUCAUGCCUUCUCAACACUCAUGCCUUCUCAACACUCACGCCUUCUCAACACUCACGCCUUCUCAACACUCACGCCUUCUCAACACUCAUGCCUUCUCAACACUCAUGCCUUCUCAACACUCAUGCCUUCUCAACACUCAUGCCUUCUCAACACUCAUGCCUUCUCAACACUCAUGCCACUCAUGCCUUCUCAACACUCAUGCCUUCUCAACACUCACGCCUUCUCAACACUCACGCCUUCUCAACACUCAUGCCUUCUCAACACUCAUGCCUUCUCAACACUCAUGCCUUCUCAACACUCAUGCCACUCAUGCCUUCUCAACACUCAUGCCUUCUCAACACUCACGCCUUCUCAACACUCACGCCUUCUCAACACUCAUGCCUUCUCAACACUCAUGCCUUCUCAACACUCAUGCCACUCAUGCCUUCUCAACACUCAUGCCUUCUCAACACUCACGCCUUCUCAACACUCACGCCUUCUCAACACUCAUGCCUUCUCAACACUCAUGCCUUCUCAACACUCAUGCCUUCUCAACACUCAUGCCACUCAUGCCUUCUCAACACUCAUGCCUUCUCAACACUCACGCCUUCUCAACACUCACGCCUUCUCAACACUCAUGCCUUCUCAACACUCAUGCCUUCUCAACACUCAUGCCACUCAUGCCUUCUCAACACUCACGCCUUCUCAACACUCACGCCUUCUCAACACUCACGCCUUCUCAACACUCACGCCUUCUCAACACUCACGCCUUCUCAACACUCAUGCCUUCUCAACACUCAUGCCACUCAUGCCUUCUCAACACUCACGCCUUCUCAACACUCACGCCUUCUCAACACUCAUGCCUUCUCAACACUCAUGCCUUCUCAACACUCAUGCCUUCUCAACACUCAUGCCACUCAUGCCUUCUCAACACUCAUGCCUUCUCAACACUCACGCCUUCUCAACACUCACGCCUUCUCAACACUCAUGCCUUCUCAACACUCAUGCCUUCUCAACACUCAUGCCACUCAUGCCUUCUCAACACUCACGCCUUCUCAACACUCACGCCUUCUCAACACUCACGCCUUCUCAACACUCACGCCUUCUCAACACUCAUGCCUUCUCAACACUCAUGCCUUCUCAACACUCAUGCCACUCAUGCCUUCUCAACACUCAUGCCUUCUCAACACUAUCCAAGGCCCGUACCCUCCUAGAGCCCAGCCAGGCAACGCUGCAGUGCUACAGCUGGCAGCAGAGGUGGAGGAGGCACUGGGGAAUGCAGCAGCAGCGCAUGAGCUCUUCGUGCGGGCACACCCCAACAAUAAUCUCUCCCCUCUCCGCCCCUCCCCCCUUGCUUUACCGCUCCCCCCACCCCAUCCUGCUUUCUCGCCUCUCUUUCCUCACAGGCAUACGCAUGCUUGGAGCGGCAGCAGGGAAACCUAA